CCCAGUGCCCCUCUCACUCCCUCUCACCCACCUCUUAGGUGCUCAGACUCUCAUAUCCAGGCAUCGUGUCUCGCCUGGACCUAUUCCGCUCUGGUCGCGCUUUUCGCCAUGAUUGGGACUUUGCCAACCUCCUGUGGACCUGUAGGUUCUUAUCGUGGAUUGUGACUGGUGGUGGGCCAUUUGUCCAUGCUCGUCCAGUCCCGCAUCGGUUUCUUGGACUUCAAAGCCCUCUGAUAUAUAGUCCAUCCCUUUCACCUCCUUCUCUUCUUUCCUGUCAAUUCACAUUCUAUCACUAUGGCAGCAGUUGCACAGGAUUUUUCGAGCGCGCCGGCAACGGCCAAGGCGUCUGUCCCUCAUCCUCUGUGCCCUCUGACAGCAACGGAGAUUUCCACCACCGCGGAUUUGUUGAGAUCAGUAUGGCCAUCCAACAUUGACCUUCGCUUCAAGGUCAUCACCCUCGAUGAACCCGCGAAGAAGCAGAUGAUCCCAUACCUCGAAGCUGAGCACAGCGGCGCACCCUUUCCGCAAAUCCCCCGCAAAUCCUUCGUUUCUUACUACAUCCGCAACACAGACCGCUUCCACGAGGCAGUCGUCAAUCUCACAACCGGCCAAGUCGAGAGCAAUGUCCGCUUGGGCCCCAACAUGCACGGCAACGGUGACUACGAUGAAAUCUUGCAGGUCGAGAAGAACGCCCUCGAGGACGAGGGUGUCAAAGAGGCCCUGAAGAAACUGCAGCUCCCCGAAGGCACCGUGGUCUGCGCUGAUCCUUGGAUUUAUGGCUCCGACGGCAUUAACGACGAUGACCGGCUAUACCAAGUCUUCCUGUACAUGCGCGACCCAGCCAACCCCGGCGAGCUCGACUCCAACCAUUAUGCAUUCCCACUGCCCAUCGCCCCCGUCAUCGAAUGCAACGACUACAAAGUCAUCCGCAUUGACUACCUCCCCACAGGCGCCGACAACACCAUCCGUGAGCCGCGGUCAUACGAAUCAGUGCCCCCGAACGAAUAUAUCUCGGAAGCCCAGCAACAACUCCGGAGUGAUAUCAAGCCUCUGCGUGUUAUUCAACCCGAAGGCGCGUCAUUCACGCUGACGCCCACGGGCGAGACCGGCCAGAUCGUCGAAUGGCAGAAGUGGUCUUUCCGCUUGGGCUACAACCAGCGUGAAGGUAUGGUCUUGUACGACGUCCGCUACGACUCACGGCCGCUCUUCUACCGCCUCUCGCUGUCCGACAUGAACAUCCCCUACGCCGACCCACGACACCCGUUCCACAAAAAAUCCGCCUACGAUUUGGGUGAUGCCGGUGCUGGCGCCAUGGCCAACAAUCUCAAACUCGGCUGUGACUGCCUCGGCCACAUCCAGUAUAUCUCCUCAGUCAUUACCGAUGAUAAGGGCACACCCACGCCCAUUGAGAACUGCGUGUGCAUCCAUGAACAAGACGCCGGCAUCGGCUGGAAGCAUACCAACUACCGUACCGGCCGCGCCGCCGUCGUACGAAACCGCGAACUCGUUCUACAGAGCAUCAUUACUGUCUCCAACUACGAAUACAUCCUGGCCUUUAUGUUCAACCAAGCCGGCGAAGUCAUCUACGAGGUUCGUGCCACCGGCAUUCUGUCCACUCAACCCAUCGACCACGAGCUCGACAAGACGGGCGUGCCCUUCGGCACAGUCGUCCAUCCCGGCGUGCUGGCCGUGCACCACCAACAUAUCUUCUCCCUGCGUGUCGACCCCAUGCUCGAGGGCCACGCAAACCGACUUGUCUACGAUGAGGCACACGCCAUGCCUCUGGACAAGGAAUGGAACCCCCACGGUGUGGGCUACACCGUUUCCGAGACCGUCGUCGAGACCGCUGGGGGCCUUGACCUGGACCCGGACAGCAACCGCGUCUUCAAGAUCCAAAACCCGUCGGUACGAAACCCUGUCAACGGCAAACCCGUCGCGUACAAGAUCCACGCCCCGCCGUUCCAGAAGAUGCUCGCGCACCCAGAUUCGUUCCACUUCAAACGCGCCGAGUUCGCCGACCACAACAUCUACGUGACCACGCACCGCGACCGCGAGCUGUACGCCGGCGGUUGGUACACGAACCAGUCACGUGGAGGCACUGGUGUGCGCAGCUUCGCGUCGCGCCAGGACAGCGUCAAGGACACCGACAUUGUCGUGUGGGUGCAGUUCGGCAUCAACCACGUCCCACGUAUCGAAGACUUCCCCGUCAUGCCGUGCGAGAUUCUCAAGGUCAGCUUGAAACCCGUCAACUUCUUUGACAAGAACCCCGCGCUCGACGUGCCGCCGUCGGAGCAGAGCUUCAACCAGUCAACCUUGGUGAGCGAGCUGCAUCACCAACCCGCCUUGGAGAUGACAAUUGGCAAGGAUUCGUGCUGUGCAGAUGAAGCAAGCAAGAGCAAGUUGUGAGGAGGUUGUCCAUAACAUAAUGAAUUACUGGCCCAGUGUGAUGGACUGACUUUACCACGGAAAAAAAGACAUUUGUCAUUGGUGUCAUAGGAUUUUAUCGGUUGGCAACUGACAAGUAUAUUAAGCGAUUCUUUCCACACUGAUGUCUCGCCCGUUGAUUUGUAUUCCGAGCACAAUUCAAGUGUCGAGCACGGUCUUUGGGAUCCGCGCGCACGACGGCGCUAUGAGACCAAGCUCUGCCUUCCCCUACGCUCUGC